CAUGGAUUAGUAUAUGUAUUUUAACAAAAUCACUUGCAGCAUAUCUUUUUACUAUUGUUGGAUCCAUUCAGAUGUAUCUUUGGGCUAUUAAAAAACAUAAAAGUUAUCGUAAAGAUUUUAAAGAUUAUCCAAAAAAUAGAAAAGCACUAAUUCCUUUUAUGAUUUAA